AACAUUCAGCCUACUUUCUGUAGAGUAUUUCAGACCCUCGCAACCAAAAAUUGAACUCAAUUCCCAGGUCAAAAUUUGUCUCAAUCAGUCGGCGGGGUUGCCUGCAGUGGUUUCUUAUCCAAAUAUACUAAUCGACGAAAUGCCUAAAGAGUGAGAAUCCCCUUCACGUUGUAAGGCGCAGGUUUUGUGUGGCUGGGACUGGCUCCACCUCUCCAGUGGGCCCGAGCGGCAGUGACCAGCUCCGCAAAGCAGUGAUCGUCUCCGGCAAGGGGCUGGGGGAUGUGGAGAAUAGCAACUGGUACAAAUGGGUGAAGGAUAAUCUGAAUCAGGGUCUUUGAGGGAUAAUCAGUGUGAAUGUUCUUCUUCCUAUAAAACAUCGGUCACGACGCGCAGUCGACCUGCAUCCUGCUCGCUACUGCCUCCGGGAUAUCUCUGGGACGAAUUGUUGGGGGCCUACAGUUUUCUGGACUGUUUGCAUUAGCAUCACUACCUUUACCAAAAGUAUUUAACCCCAACAACCACCUAUGAAAGUAAGGCAUUUGAAAGAUCUUCCUGAAACACCAAAAAAAGUGCAUCUCCCCUCAUUAACUUUAAUCUUUAAGAUUCCAGAUUUUCAGCGCUUGCUUCAAAACAUGCCAGACCCUUUUACAGCUAGAAAAACAAUAUGGCUUCCUUUUAUGCAAAAAACACUGCAGUGUGAUGAACAGACUGUUAUGAUUGGACACAGUUCUGGUGCUGCUGCAGCUAUGAGAUAUGCUGAAACACACAGAGUAUAUGGUAUUAUAUUGGUGUCUGCAUAUACAUCUGAUCUUGGAGAUGCAAAUGAACAAGAAAGUGGAUAUUUCUGCAGCCCAUGGCAAUGGGAGAAGAUCAAAAAUAAUUGUAACCAUAUUGUUCAGUUUGGUUCAACUGAUGACCCCUUCCUCCCCUGGCCUGAACAGCAAGAAGUAGCAGAUGGACUUCAUGUAGAAUUGCACCAAUUCACAAACCGAGGGCACUUUCAGGAUGAAAAGUUUCCUGAAUUAAUAUCUGUUGUUCGCAAGAUGAUGAAAGCACUUUUAUAGUCAGAAAGCUUUUCAUUCAUGGAUUGAUUAUAGAUUGUUUUUAUUUUUUCUUAAACGCAUGUGUUAAAAUUAUGACGAAGCUCAUGGUUUUGCUGCAAAAAAUACAUGGCUUGGUGUUCAGAAUAACUAAUUACAUUGUUGAUAAUGAUAAU